GAUGGUGGGAGGAUUUCAGGAAGAGCGCUGAGUGCUACGUGUCCAAUUUAUCCAGACUUCCACUAACUUUACGCUACUUUUACUCAGUGCUAGUCUCCGAAGGGUCACUUCUUUAGAAAGCCCCGGCCAGCGUGUUCGCUUGUGGCAUCAUGUCUGGAAUGAAAAAGCAAAGAACGGAUCUGCAGAGAGCAACCAAUGUUGUGUACCAGGCUCACCAUGUGAGUAGAACCAAGCGUGGUCAGGUGGUUGGGACCAGAGGUGGAUUUCGUGGAUGUACUGUCUGGCUUACAGGGCUGUCUGGUGCUGGCAAGACUACAAUUGGAUUUGCUCUGGAGGAAUAUCUAGUUUCUCAUGCCAUUCCUUGCUACUCGCUCGAUGGUGACAAUAUUCGACAUGGGUUAAAUAAGAACUUGGGCUUCACAGCCACAGACAGAGAAGAGAACAUCCGACGUAUUGCUGAGGUUGCCAGACUGUUUGCCGAUGCUGGACUGGUUUGCAUCACUAGUUUCAUUUCUCCAUUUACAAAGGAUCGAAACGACGCUAGGAAGAUCCAUGAGACUGCAGGUCUUCCGUUCUUUGAGGUGUUUGUAAAUGCCCCUCUGGAGGUGUGCGAAAGCAGAGAUGUCAAAGGACUUUAUAAAAAGGCCCGUGCUGGAGAGAUUAAAGGUUUUACGGGAAUAGACUCUGACUAUGAGAAACCUGAAGCCCCUGAGCUUGUGUUGAAGACUGGAGAGCUCACUGUCAAUGACUGCAUUCAGCAGCUAGUGGAUCUCUUGAAGGAACAGGAUAUUGUGCCCAGUGGUGUGACAGAAGAAGUGAAUGAGCUCUUUGUUCCUGAAAACAAGCUGGACCUGGUGCUUAGUGAUGCCAAUAUACUCCCCACUUUAACUAUCACAGAGUUGGAUGUGCAGUGGGUACAGGUUCUAUCCGAGGGGUGGGCGACUCCACUGAGGGGAUUCAUGAGGGAGAGAGAAUUCCUGCAAGUCUUGCACUUUGGAACUUUGCUUGAUGGUGGGAUCAUCAACAUGUCUGUUCCCAUUGUGCUGCCUUUAUCCAAUGAUGACAAGGAGAGGCUGGACGGUUGCGCUGCUUUUGCCCUGGAGUUCAAAGGUCAAAAGGUGGCAAUCAUGCGCAACCCUGAGUUUUAUGAACAUCGUAAAGAAGAGAGAUGUGCCAGGCAGUGGGGGACCACAUGCCCCCAACAUCCGCACAUCAAGAUGGUAAUGGAGAGUGGUGAUUGGCUGGCCGGAGGAGACCUGGAGGUGUUUGAGAGAAUUAGGUGGAAUGAUGGUCUUGACCAGUACCGUCUCACUCCACGGGAGCUAAGACAGAAAUUUAAAGAAAUGAGAGCAGAUGCAAUUUUUGCAUUCCAGUUGCGUAAUCCUGUGCACAACGGCCAUGCACUCCUGAUGCAGGACACUAAGCGUCGUCUGCUGGAGCGAGGCUACAAAAAGCCUGUGCUGCUGCUGCACCCUCUGGGUGGCUGGACCAAAGAGGAUGAUGUACCGCUGGACUGGCGCAUGAAACAGCAUGCCGCUGUGCUGGACGAAGGAGUUCUCGAUCCAGAAAACACCAUUGUGGCCAUUUUCCCCUCACCCAUGAUGUAUGCUGGGCCUACAGAGGUACAGUGGCAUUGUCGGGCCAGGAUGAUCGCAGGGGCCAACUUUUACAUUGUAGGACGAGAUCCAGCGGGUAUGCCCCAUCCGGAGACAAAGAAGGACCUGUACGAGCCCACACACGGUGGAAAAGUGCUGACCAUGGCACCAGGCCUCACCUCUCUAGAGAUUAUUCCCUUUAGAGUUGCUGCUUACAACAAAGUUAAGAGGGCCAUGGACUUCUAUGAUAAGGAAAGACAUGGUGAAUUUGAGUUCAUCUCGGGAACCAAAAUGCGGAGCCUUGCCCGCAGCGGAGAGAACCCCCCUGACGGUUUCAUGGCCCCCAAAGCCUGGAAAGUCCUAGUUGAGUAUUACAGUUCUCUACAAAAGGACCAGUGAACACAAGGCACUGGACUGUAUGUAGACAUACAGUAAAGGUCAAUAUAAUCUAUUUCAUUAGAAUUGCUAGAAAUAGAUUCAUAGAAAGAUGCAUUAUAUACUACAGCCCUACAAUGUAGUAACAUUUUCUACAUUCUGUUUACUAGACUUAUAUCUACCACACAUUCUUAGAUAAAUGCUAUCUAUAUUUAUGCCCUGCAAAUUACUUUAAAAUACACUGUAUUUUGUUCCCUGAGAUCACCCUGUAUUACAAGCAUAGAUGGAUCUAACUGGUGUGUUAUAGACUUUAUAGUCUGAUCAAGCAGAUCAAAGUAUGCCUGAUAAUAAUCAGUAGGACCAAUAUUUUUCCUACCGCAACAAGAGCUUUAUUUGGAUGUUUGUCUUGGCAGUAUUUCCACCAGUGGAGAAUAUCUUGUAUUCAUUGUAAACACAGAUUAAUUCUAUAGCAUUCUUUAUAAGAAUUUAUGAAUGAUCAGUACUAGCAGCCGAGUAUUUGACCUUAACACAAUAUUGUCUUGCAGUGUAUUUUAAUGUGCCUUAAUGUUAAUGCGCCAUUACUGUUACAUUCCCAAAUGAACAAGUUACUGUAAAGAGUGAUGCAUGAAUGUGAAAGAUUUGUGAUGAAUGCAAAAACAUGAAACUCUUGAGGAAUCCAAUGUGAAGGAACAAGAGCAUAUUUAUUGUCUUGCCAUUUACUUAACGGACCGACCUAAACAUAUUUAUUAUCUUACAGGAAAUGUAUUUACUUUGUCCUACUUUUUUUACAAACUUGUGAGAUUUACACUUCGUCAUUUCUUACAAUAUUUGAUAUAAUGUGCAUCGGGCAGUCAUUCCAAUAAACUUCAUUAAGACAAAA